CAUCUCGACACACCAUGUGACUUCUUUUUUACGUACGCUAUUCUCUUUCCCCUAGCUUCAACAGAUAUAUAGAAGGUUAUUUAUAGCAUCUAUCUAAUUUUGGAUGGGUGAGGCUCCUAUGCUUAACUAGCUAGCUGCGGGCAAACAAUAGGAUAGGCUACCUUACUUCAAAUUGCAAUUCAACUUCUAAUUUUAUUUUAUUUUUCAUUUCCUGUUCGCUUUAAUUCGCAAGAGAAGAGGAAUCUAAAUCUAUAAAAGCUCCUAGAUCAUCUUAACUAACCCAUCUUCAAAUUGCAUUGAGCAACAUCAUCCAGAUUCGGAAGCUUAUACACAUCCUCUAACCGUCAGCAAGCAGCUAUGACAAUCAAAAUUCAUUUCAUAACGGAGCUGCUAAUAGGUCCUAUUCCUUCGUGGUGGAUGAAUAUAGAUAAGCAUCCCCUUGAAAAAUGUAUUGCACUAAUUGGAGGUUUUGUCAUCAUUACUGUGAUCACAUUGGAACUCUUUAAGAGAAAUUUCAUUGAUAGCACUGGAUUAAUUUUUGGUUUAUGGUUGUUGAUGUCGUUUGACAACGCUGGUUUAAAGUCGCGGAAUAUUAAGCCACUAAGCUAUUUGUUAAUCUGUUUACACAUUACGGUCGCUUUAUAUGGACUAACGUAUUGGAUACGUUCGAGUGUUAGAGAGUAUAAUAAGAGAAACACAAGGCCGUCAAAUGAUCUAGUCUUUGAAAUCGGAGCUUGGCUUUUUAUGUUUAUUUUUAAUUGUACUGUAGUUGCUGCACAGCACACGCAACGGAACAAAGAAUAUAAAAUAACUGAAUGGUAUCAAGUUGCAGUAGCUUUUACUUCGAUAGUAGAAAGUUACUGGAAAAGGGGAAGGAAAGUUAGAGAAAAUCUACUGAAAUCACAACUUAUCAAAAAUGUGGAGAAUGCCUUUCGUGAUUUUUUAAGAAUUUGCAUGAAAGGACCUCAGAGUGGUAAUAAAAUUGAGUUCAACAAAAAAUUAAAUGAUUUCACAAGAAUGUUCUGUAAUUUAGUAGCUCAGCGGAGGGAAGCUCUAACAAUAACUUGUCAAUGAAAGACUUUGAGGUAGAGGCCGGGCGGAUAUAGCUCAACCGGCUCUUACAGUUUUACAUUAGUCUCGUUUAGGAUAUUCUUUUUCUUUUAUUUCCAGAACUCUUAUGGUUGGAGGGACUUUGU